GGUACAGAGGACCUCAACAGCAUUAGAUAAAAUGUUUGUCACUGCUUUCUUCAAAUGAAAUACAGUUUUAAUCAGUGGUGGAAUAUUUUUUUUUUUCUUUUUUCUUUUUUCUUUUUUUAACUGAAAGUGAAGAGACUAUUUUGGCACUGUGUAUGGUAAUUAGAGUCAACUGAAAAUUACAAAUGCAGUUGGUGAUCCUAAACCAUCCUGCUGUAAGAUGGAGUGGUCUGCCUACUUGUCUUUGUUGGACUGUAUUUUUGCAAAAUCGUAGUGAACUGCAAUUACUCUAAAAUGGGCUGCACUCCUUCACGUGGGAACGGUCUCGACACAGCACAAGGUGCAUUCAGAAGAGGAAGAACUCUACUUCCAGGGACUCAUGAAAGACUUGGAGAAUCACAAUCUUAUGAUGGGAGCAGUGGAGAAUCCUGUGGACAGGACACAGCGAGAGACAACUCAACGGUUCGGAAUAACACAAGUUCCACGUUGUUAGGAAGGAAAUCCUCUACGGCUGAGCCUGAAGGGGCUGCUUCUGCCAAACUGGGUACACACGAUAUUAACAUUGAUAUAUUAUCUCAAGGGAAGGAACAACAAGAAGAAAAACAAGAGGUUUAUGAGAAAAAGGGACCAAAGAAGUUAAAGAAAGGCCAUAAAGGUGUCAAACUGAACAGGAAAAAAGAAAAAGAAAGAACAUUUCUUAAUGAAGAAAAAGUUGACUUUCCAGAGGCACUUGUGAAAGCUCAUCAAGCAGCAUAUGCAUAUCUUAACCCCAGCAUCAGUAAAUAUGAAGAUCUGUUGGGGUUACUUGAUCAGGCAGCCCAAACUCAAAUUUCCUUGCAACCCAUGGUGGCAUUCAUGGUCUUUCGGUAUGAGGAAAUAAACAAAGGGCUGGAAGAAAUAGCAGAAGAGGGGGAGAUGCUGUUAAAAGAAAACGGAGUCCAUCUGGCCUGGCCUUGUGAAAAAAAUAAUUCCUCUUCAUCCAACUUGGCAAAAAAUGUGACCUCUCCUGUAUGCAGUGAGCCACCACCAGACCUACUACAACAACUCCUACAGUACACUGUACAGAGGAUGCGUCAGGUAGGUCAAUCAUUGUGUGGAAUUGGAGAUACGUCACUUGAGGAUUCGGUGGAUUACUUUUCCUCCAUUACUGAAAUUCUAGAUGAGAAACUCAGGAUAAAACGUGCAUCAGAGUCUAGAUUAUUGCGGCUGCUUUCCCGGAUUGAGGCAGCAUCACAGAAAAGACCUGGCCCAGAAGACUCGGCACUAUUUAGUGAAGACAGUGGACUUGGGGCAGAAAGCGAAUCCUUGGCAGGUUCAGAGAGACAAUGUCAACGGAGAGAAAGUUGUGAGUCAACUGGAGCUAUUUGUGCUACAUCAAAUAGCCCUUAUGGUUCUGCACCAGUUCACAAAGGCUCAUACCGAGGAAGACUUCUCAAAACAAUAAGCAACAGCAGCUCUCUUAACUCUUUAGACUCAACUUGCACUAUUACAGAAAAAGAACAGAGGGAUAGGGAAUCAGUACUUGGCUCUGUCUCCUUGGAUGAAGGUGGCAGGAAUGAUGUGGAGGAUGGUAGUGAAGAUGAACAUAUCAAGGAGAACAGAAGCCAACAAAUAGAUUAUUGUAUUCCAAACCAGAGGCAACCACGUCGUUUGCCAGCAAAACGAAUAGAGAAUCCACAAAAUGUUGAAAUGACAUUAAAGCUAAAAGAUGCCAUUAGUGGCCGGAUUCGUUUUUUGCCAUCCCAAGGACCGGGAGAAAAAGCAAGACAGGCAGGUAACACAAACAGCAGUAGUCAGUGGACUGAGGAUGGUGAUAAAAGUUAUAAAAGACCUCAAACAGCUGCCUCUAAGACAUCUAAGAAAAAGACCACAGUUACCAAACGUUCAAGGUCAGCAGACUCUCUGCGUAAUAAAGUAGACGACCCUACACUCAUUGAACUGGAGAGAACUCAAAAGGAACUCAACCAAAGGCUGGAUAGAAUGACCAAGGUUAAGUGUGAAGGAAAUACAAAGCCAGGAUCAUCUAAAAAAAUCCAGCAACCGCAAACACAAAUCAUUUCAUCAGUUGCUGCAGACAGGCAGCAAUCUUUGAAUAGGAUAAUUUUUUCUCCAAGUAAUCAAAGAAAGGCAUCUAAUGCAAAAGUAGAACAAGAAAGUGUGAAGGAAGAAAUGGAGGGAAAAAAGAAAAAGGACAAAGGAAAGGGAAAGGAAAAGGACAAGGACAAGGACAAGGACAAGAAAACCCCUCCCCUUAAAGGGCCUGUUAAGGUAACACCUAUGCCAAGCCCUCCACCAUCACCCCGCCAAUCUUCAGGGUUGUAUAGGGAAAGGAAUUCUGUUAAAAAACUCAUUGACACCUUCAGUCAGGGGUUGGAGGAAAGUAAGCAGACCCCAGACAGUGCAACAGUUCUUGGACCUCUUAAAGGUGUUAGAAAAUGUGGUGUUCUCAUCAUUCCAGGUUUAGGUCCCUCUGCCACAUUAGCAUUCAAUGAAAAUAGCAUUCUCAGUAGUCAAGGAGAGUCACAGUGCUCUGAAAGGACAGAGGAUCUUGAUUUUGACAAUCUACCACCGCCUCCACUUGAGGUUCUCAUGGACAAUUCCUUUGAAAAUGCAGAGACAAAAGACAUGGAAGAAAAUGUACCAAGCAGGGGCCGAUCCACUCUGCCAAAAAGGACUCAGAUGUCUCAGAGGUUACGUGCCACUCUUCAGUCUGUUACAGUGCUACCCAGUAAGGGGAAUUUGUGUAAAGGCUCUGUUAGCAUGUCACCAGUUCGUUCAAAAAACAAUAAUAUCAGAGGAGUUGUGAAGGGUGGUCACCAUGAUUCCAGCCAUGAAACAGACACAGAAAGUGAGGAGGCUGCUUCCCUCUACAAACAAGCAAGAAAGAUAAUCCACUUGAGGCAUUCUUCUGACUCGCCGACAGAGAAACUUAUGGCAGAGCAGGGCCAAAGACAGCUUUCCAGCUGCCAAGGUGACAUAGAAGUUUCACAAAAGGAGAACAGUACAAGUGAAUCAGUGCCAAUCACUGCCUGCAAGAACCAAACCCCUGCCACUCCAACUGCAUUCAGAACUCGAGUGUUGCCAUCCACACCUCUGUUACAUCGGAGACUGCCUAGUCCUCCAGUACUGAAAAGUCAACCUUCUUCUUCAACUUCUUCUAGCCCUCCUGUAGUUCGUAAACUCCCCACACCACCUUCUGCUGGCCAACGAACACUGCCAAGCACGCCCGCAACAUGGCAAGACCACACCCCCAUCACUGUGAAAGGGGUUACCUACCCGUUUAAGGCACCGUCGCCUCCUGCCUCCCCAAAAGUGCAGCGCUGGUCUAGAGAAAACAGUAGUGAAGACUCUUCAAGAGUGUUUAGCAAUGCUCGAUCAGUGUUUUGUCCAGUCUCAUCAUCGUUAUUUGAAGCUCAGCCCGUUCCUACACCCAAGCCCCCUCAAGCAUGGGCCUCCUCGGGUAGCAGUGUCUUGCCUCGUCCCUGGGGUGAGCGUGGUCGGCUUCCAGUGUCUGCACGAGGGCCCCAGCCAUUCAUCCGGCGCAGCCAGUCAGACAGGAGGCCCAGUUUAAGCCUGCCAUCCAGGGUGCCAGUAAUCUCUGUUGCAGAGACAUGUGGGAGUGAACCAGCAAUUAGCAUGCAUGGGCUGGAAGUUGUUUCAGUCAGUGGAGACAAGCUAUGGAGUGAGCAAACAGAAAUCAGAAGUGCAGUUCGAUCUGUCUCGCAUCCAGACUUGUGCAUUGUGGGUCAAGGUUUACAGAAGGAAUGGGAUAAAUGAGGAAGGAGCAAGUGGGAUUAUGGAUUAGCAAAAUUUGAAUGGGAUUAAAAUGUUUGUGUCCUGCUGGGAAAUUAAAAUAGCUAUUUCUGAGAAGGCCUUCUCGUGAUUUUCAAACAUUGUUAUUUUCAUCCUUUUAAGCUUCAGUGUAUAUUUGAUCUGUUUGCCUCAAUUCAAUUGGUCUAAUUUAUUUUGAAAAUGUUUUGUAUUGUGAAUGCUAUUGGUUGGCCUUUUAUAUUUUAUUACUAAAUAAAAAUGAACAGAUAUUCACUGAAAUUGUAUAUAUUCACGUAUG